AUGGGUGAAUUCCUGCAGCAGUUCCUCGCUUGCCUCGGGGGCUUCACUUGUCUUGUUUUCCUGGUGAAAUGCGUUCGGCUUUUGAAAUAUUUCUCUCCGCUUGUAUGGAGGACUGUGCCUGAGUCUUUUUUUCGGUCAAUGGGAGAAUGGGCAGGUAAAGCAACUUUUCCUCAUAUUUUUAUUUCUGGGAAAAUGUGAACGGAUGUGUUGGGAUGGGAGCAGGGGAUCAACUCUGUGGACGCCAGCUUUGCAACACAAAAGGUCCCAGUUUGUGGCAUCUCCAAACGGGGCUAGGAAAGACUCUUGUCUGCAAUCCUGGAGAGUUGAUGCCAGUCAGAGUGGGAAGUAUUGAACUGGAAUCUAGAUGGACCUAAUCCAGUCCUUUAACCACGACACUAGAUCGCAAUCUUUGAAGGUUCAUGGGCAGUGUGCCGGAUUUACAUAUAGUGGUACCUCUGGUUACGAACUUAAUUCGUUCCGGAGGUCCGUUCUUAACCUGAAACCGUUCUUAACCUGAGGUAGUGGGGCCUCCUGCUGCCGCCGCGCUACUGGCGCGCGAUUUCUGUUCUCAUCCUGAGGUAAAGUUCUUAACCCGAGGUACUACUUCAGGGUUAACGGAGUCUGUAACCCGAAGUGUUUGUAACCCGAGGUGUUUGUAACACGAGGUGCCACUGUAUAAGCUAAACAAGCUAUAGCUUAGGGCCCCUGUCUCUUGGGGGCCCCAAAAAAAUUUAAAGGAAAAAAACUGGAUGUACAUUUCCAAAAUAUAAAAUAAAAAACAAAUAAAAUAAAGCCUACAUACAGCAACAGUGUUUUGUGUUGUAUAGGCUCCUAUGAUGUAAGUAAUAGGCCACCAAUCAUUUUAAGAAUCACUUAAUAAUUCUUUCACUAUUAAUAUACAGUCAUAUGUCGGGUUGAAGUAGCUUCGGGUUGAGCAUUUUCGGGUUGCGCUCCGCGGCGACCCAGAAGUAACGGAACACGUUACUUAAGGGUUUUGUCACUCACACAUGCGCAGACGCUCAAAAUGAUGUCACGCGCAUGCGCGGAAGAGGCAAAUCGCAACCCACACACGCGCAGACGUGGGUUGCAUUCGCUUCAGGAUACGAACGGGGCUCCGGAACGGAUCCCAUUCACAUCCAGAGGUACCACUGUACUUCUUCUUAAUUGUAUUUUAGCUCAACAGUUACUUUGAUAAAAUACAUAUUUUGUGAUGUGCAAAUGGCUUUAAAUACCUAUUAGGUCCAUAAAUUUCCAUAUAGCAUAUAUUCAACGCAAAAAAACAUAUUAUAAUAUUGACACAUGCACCCUUGAAAUAUUUUUUUAAAUGCAGCUAUGUAACUGAGAAGCGUUAAUAUGCAACUUCAAUCUUUUUGAAAUACAAAUAAAUUCAGGCUGCAGUCCUACACAAAUUUAUCCAGUAAACUCAGUGGAGCUUGUUUUGGAACAGACACAGGCAGGACAGCAAUGAGAAUUACUUUUGCCUAUGGCAAUGACUGGUUUGCCUGUGGCAGCUUCCUAGCCCACAUCAUCUUAAUACGAUUUACAAACCUAAGUUCUCCGGCCAUUAUCAUUUUUUAUGAGUGAAUAGAGAGAUCUCCUGCUCAGUGAUGUGACUACAAACUGAUAAUUUAAAAUAAAAACAAACCCACGGGCUUGGAUGCUAAGAUAAUGGAUGCUUUGUAAAGCUUUAUGCAAAGCAGCUCCAAAGAAAUGGAUGGACCUAACUUAGUCGUGUUUGUUAAUUUCAAUACAUCUACUCUGAGUAAAAGUAGUUAAAAAAAUAAUAAUUUUCAGUGAUUUUCCAAAGAAACAAAAAGUAAAGAGUCCCCAAAAGUAAAACACAAAAUAGAACAAAAAGAAAAGAGGUCAUGGACAUGUUGCACAGCUUUUGUCAAGGAUGCCAACAAACACCAGAUAAAUAAUUUUGUCCUUGGGGUUUUGAAGAAAUGAGAAUCACACAUUCCAAACGUCCAACAAAGCUCUCACGUGCCAUGGAAUAUUUUGCAGAAGAGGAAUAUUCCAAACAUUUUUCAACCAAGAAGAAACACAGAGGUUAGACAAAGUUUUCCAUUUUUGUACAAUUGAGAGACCUGCUGCUGCGAAUAAGAGGAGCAGUAUUUUAAAUUUUUUUAUUUUGCUUUUAUGUCAUGAUUACCCUCCUCAAAUAAAGAGAGGAGUACCAGUUGUGGGGUGAAUUGAAUAGGUUCCUUAAUAAUUUUAGAGAUUUCUUCAAAAACUUCCAGGGGUGCUUUUUCCAAAGAGGGCCAGAUUUGAUGAAGUGAACAUGCGUUAGGGCUGACCAAAGUUGUUGAUUUAAUUUAGGAUUAAAGAGUUUUACAGUUUUACCCCAAAGUUGUUCAGAUUUUUAAAGGAUUUUACCCCAGGACAUAUACUGCCACGGGGGCCGGAUUAAGUCGACUGGCGGGCUGGAUUAGGCCCCUGAAAUGGACUUUGGACAUGCCUGCUAAUUUAAACCAAAGACUUUAACUAGUAGACAUGCUAUAUAAAUGGAAGUGAGUUCGAGAGGACCCACAUCCCUGCUAGCAAUCUGGAGCACUAGCCUGGAGGUAAAACAUGAAAGAGAGACUGGCCUACCAUCUGCAGUUUAUUUUGAGAGCGAGUUCCCUCAAGUAGUUUGAUUAGUCUAUUGGUCCACAUUCUGUUCUCAAUACGUAUCAUAAUUAAAGUUUGUUUCCCAAUUUAGUUUCAAACUCACAAGUUUUCUAGUCAUACUACUUACCAUUUUAAUAAUAAUAAUAAUAAUAAUAAUAAUAAUAUUUAUUUAUACCCCACCCUCCCCAGCCAGGGCGGCUAACACCAGUAAAAUUACAGUAAAAACAUAAUGGGGGGGGGGGGGGAACCAAUUUAAAAUACAGGUUAAAAUGCAAUUUAAAAUGCAGCCUCAUUUAAAAGCAGCCCAUAGACCAAAACCAUAAGGGGAGGGAAACAUAAGGGUCAGACUGAGUCCAAACCAAAGGCCAGGCGGAACAGCUCUGUCUUGCAGGCCCUGCGGAAAGAUGUCAAGUCCCGCAGGGCCCUAGUCUCUUGUGACAGAGCGUUCCACCACGUCGGGGCCAGUGCUGAAAAGGCCCUGGCCCUAGUUGAGACCAAUCUAACCACCUUGCGACCUGGGACCUCCAAAUAUAUAGUGACCUCCAAAAUAUAUAGUGCUGCCCUAAACCAUUUCCAGUAGAACCAAUAUCUAGAAGUAUGUCUUCUGUUCAUGUGAGGGGUUGAGCAGCUUGUACACAUACAUAUGCAGCGCUUUUCUUCUGAAAAAAAAAGGGAGGAACUCACCAAAAUGUUUGUUUGUUUGUUUGUUUGUUUGUUUGUUGUGGGCCCAGUCACAGUGCUGCCACACACACACACACACAGACAGUGAUGUAGAUUAGAAAUGGCUACAACUUUAUUGAUUACAGAUAUAGGGGAUUUUUGGCUCAGGCACUGAGUGUAUGUACAGUGGUACCUCGGGUUACAUAUGCUUCAGGUUACAGACUCCGCUAACCCAGAAAUAUUAUCUCGGGUUAAGAACUUUGCUUCAGGAUGAGAACAGAAAUUGUGCUCUGGCAGCACGGCAGCAGCAGCAGGCCUCAUUAGCUAAAGUGGUGCUUCAGGUUAAGAACAAUUUCAGUGGUGCUUCAGGUUAAGAAGUGGUGCUUCAGGUUAAGAACAGACCUCCGGAACAAAUUAAGUACUUAACCCGAGUUACCACUGUAUAUCCGUUACAGCCCCACCAGACCAAAAAUAACAAUUGUUUAAUUUUAAAAGGUAAGGGAACUUGGUUCCCCUGAGUUCCAUAUGGGACUCAGCUAUACGGCUGCAAAUAAGUGUGUUGUAAAGUGCAUUAUACAAAUGUGAUACUAGAUGGCGAUGGUGAGCUAUGGCAAAUUCAAUAUAUUUUUCAAAACAUUUUUUUAAAAAAGCAUUUUCACAACAUUUUUUAUAUGUGUCUAGAUUCCACCCUGCUUAAAAAGCAAACAAAUCCCUGCAUAUAGGUUGUUUAGGAGAUGUACAAUUUUAUAUAAUUGACAAACCGAUGGUCAGAGAUGAUGGGAGCUAUUGCCCAGCAUUUCUCCAUCAAUGAGACUGGGAUGCCAAAAAAAAAUCAUGUGGAACCGCAGUGUUUGAAAUGCAAGAAAGAACAAGCCAGCUAAAGAUCACAUACUGUCUUUAUUGUCUCAUCAUUUAGUGAUCACAGGAUCUGGCGACGGGAUUGGAAAAGCCUAUUCCUUUGAGGUACGAUAAACAUGUACAGAAUCUCUUUGCAUUUAUGUUGUGUUUUGGACUAUUCAUAGGGCUUUGCAUACAUGUUUCUCACAGUCAGUCAGUCAGUCAGUCAGUUUUAUUGCACAUAGCCAAAGGCUGCCGCAAUGUACACAAGAAUCAUUCAACAAUUAAAAUAUGCUGGAUUAAUACAAAAAACUCAAAACAUCUAUAUUAUCAAGACAUUGCCUACUGUAAACAGAGCUAUAAAAGUACCUUAAUAUACAGGUUAAGACAUUAAACAAUAAAAUUUAUAGGCUAAAAUUGUCACAUGGCCACUAAUAUAUUAAAAAAUAAUAUUAAUUAGCACCAUGUGCAAUUAUAUUUGGAGUUUGGUGAUAGAGAUAGAAUAUAGCUUGAUGUCAAUAGGGUCAAAUAAAUUCAUCCCCUUUACAGUUGGUGGCUAUCUUGGCUAUAUAAUUUGCUCUAAUUUUCCUAGCGGUACAGUGGUGCCCCGCAAGACGAAUGCCUCGCAAGACGGAAAACUCGCUAGACGAAAGAGUUUUCCGUUUUGGAGGUGCCUCGCAAAACGAAUCUCCUAUGGGCUUGCUUCGCAAGACGAAAAUGUCUUGCGAGUUCCUGGUUUUUUUUUUUCCUUUCCCCCCUCUUUUUCUAAGUCGCUAAGUCGCUUAUCUGCUUAUCCGAUAAGCUGAUAAGCUGCUAAAAGCCGCUAAAAGCCGCUAAAAGCCGCUAAUAGCGCUAAUAGCGCUAAUCCGCUAAUCCCAUCAAUGGGCUUGCUUCGCAAGACGAAAAAACCGCUAGACGAAGAGACUCCCAGAACGGAUUCUUUUCGUCUUGCGAGGCACCACUGUAAUUGCAAAGAGUGCUACACACCAGGUCACAUACUUAUCUGUGUCUGCGAGGAGAUAUAAAAUCAUGUCAGAGGGGUUCUGGCCAGGGGACCUUAGUUUCUCACAGCAACCCUUACAGUCCUGUAAAACUAUAUUUAUCUGAGGGACAGGAGAGUGCAUGUGGCUAUGUGGGAAGCUCCCUCGAUGUAGGGAAAUUAGGAGCACAGCAACAUGAUGGUGGAAUUCCAUGGGAUGAACAGCUUAGUGCUCCAGCCAGGUCAGGGAUUCUCUGCUACAGAAAGUCAUUCUUUGCAGCCUCCCAAAGGAAAGUGGGGGAAUGUUGUCCCAAAGCUCCUACAACAUGGAACCAACAGUCUUUGGCGCAGGGGGAUUGCAUUCUGCAUAACACUGAUGUAUUGAAGAGGCAGGAAGAGAGAAGCUUCUAUAAUUAAUAAUAAUAAUAAUAAUAAUAAUAAUAAUAAUAAUAAUAAUAAUAAAUAAAUAAUUUUAUUUCUACCCUGCCCUCCCUGGCCAGAGCUGUGCUCAGGGCAGCUAACACCAGUAAAAUUAUAAUUAAAAAUAAAGAUUAAAAAAUAAACCAAUUUAAAAUACAGGUUAAAAUAUAAUUUAAAAUGCAGCCUCGUUUUAAUAGUAGCCCAUAGAUCAAAACCAUAAGGGGAGGGAAACUUAAGGGUCAGACUGAUGUGGACACAGUGGCGGAGGAAGGGGGUGGGAGGGCGGUCCACCCCAGGUGCCAUCUCUGAGGGGGGGUGACAAGAAGGUACCCUGCAAGGGGCUCAUCCCACCGCCCCCGGGCGCGGCAGCACAAGCCGCCACCAUCGCACUGCCACAGCCGCGUGCGAAGGAUUCUCCGCUCGCGGCUGCACCCUCCGCUGCUGUCCAUACAGUGCUCAAGCGGUGCCGUCGGCAAACUGCCCAGUGGCGCAUGUGCGUGUGCUGUACGUACCGCACAUGCGUGGCUGCACACAUGCGCCAUAUGGACAGCGGCGGUAUCCGCGCCGCUACAUACCGUGCAUGCCUGCCCCGUAUGGAUGGCGGUGGGAUCCCUCUGCCGCCGUUGCUGCCGCGAGCAGAGGAUCCCACUACCGUAUGUACUGUGUGCGUGCAUUCACGAUAUGUAGCAGCGUGCACACAUGCGUGGGGUGACGUUAACAUAUGAGAGUGCUGGAGGUGAAAUAGUUAAACAGGUUACCCAAUCAGGACCCAGGGGGUGGAGUCAGAGGGACUAUAAAACCAGCUCUGGGAGGGGCGAAAGGGGAGUUCGUUGGGAGUUGGGUUGUUGGUUGGAGUGGGAAUGAAGUGGGAUAGAGUCUGUGGGUAGGUUGAGGUAGUGUAGCGAAAUAAGCUGAGUCAGGAACAGUUAGGGGCUAGGAAGACAAGUAAAUAUCUGAGAGGUGGUUUAGUCAGUGAGAGCAGGUAGCGGAAGUUAUAGGUCUGGAUAGGCACCUCAUGAAUGUAAUUGACCGAUACCGUUUAUGAAACCACACGCUUGUUAAACUGCAAUAAAUAAACUGAAGUUUAUGUUCCAAUUUAACCCUGACUGGACUCAGAAUUGUACCAGGUAGGGUCUGGGUGGUGGCAGCGAGAAAUAAAGUGGUGGCACAGGGAUCAAUAGACGGUGAAACGUCCAGGGACCCUGUGUGGUAGUAGCGGCACUUGCGCAUGCGCUAUAUGUACAUCAUGUGUGCAUGCGCCGAUGAGCAGUUCGCCCCGCCCCCGACACCCCGCCCCGGGUUCCGGUUCUCCUUCCUUCGCCCCUGUGUGGACACAUCAGAGAAUCAUUGAGUUUGGGGUGGAGGCCUUGUGGACCACUUAGUCUAUCCUGCUGUCGGAUGCAAGAAGUGUUGGAACCAAAGAAUCCCAAAGAGAUGCUGUCCAGCCUCUGCUUGAAGACUUCCAGGGUCUUGUCUCUCCACCCAGACACAUUGGGCACCAACUGUGGUGAGCUUCUGCCGGCUGUUAAAAAUGCAACUUAUUUACUCAAACUUACUUUGGCCUGAUACCAGUUGAAUGAUUCCCGACUGCUAUAAUUGAGAUAGGUUGUUUUUAUUUUGUUUUUCCCCCCCAAAAUUUUUUAUUCAUUUUAUAACACAAAUAAAGAACAAAAAAAAAAACCUAUACAAACAAAUUCUUGUCAGAUCCUUAUUUUUCUAAACAUUGUUAAGUGGGUUUCCCCAAGUUCCACCUAUCUGAUUUUCAUUUUACUUCAUCUUUAGCAGUUUACAUAUAUCAUAGUAUCUAACCAUCUUUUUUUAAAUCAAACUUAAAAUAGCUUCACAUUUUAUCAAAAAUAAUACUAUUUUAAAAUAAACUUUAUUCUGCUUCUAACCCUACAGCCUAUAUCCACUUCCAAAGCUAUUCAAAGAUUUAAAUAUUAACAUAUUUUUUCAAAUAUUCCUUAAACUUCUUCUAGUCUUCUUCCACCGUCUCUUCUCUCUGGUCUCGGAGUCUCCCAGUCAGUUCGGCAAGUUCCAUAUAGUCCAUCAUCUUCAUCUGCCUAUUGUGGUUUUUAUUAUUAUUGGUAUAUUCAAUUGCUUAUGAGUUGUUGUUUUGAAUUUGAAUGUGUGUGUGUUUUUUACUGAACACCGCCUCCUGUGGUAUUAUUUCCAAAUAAACAAAUGGUUCCAUAAUUGACCUGCAUUCAUUUACUCCUAAUGUUCAACUAAAACCCACCCUCCUGUAAUUUAAACUUAUUUGAUCUAGUCCUGCCCUCUGAUAUGUGACACUAUUUCAAGUAUUUAAAGAGUGAUAUCUUGUACUUCUCACACCCACCCCAGUCUUGUCUUAUUUGGUUCCCAGUUCUUAUACCCCGGGGGAGGGGGAAGGUUAGAGAAUGUAAAGAAGAGAGUUAGGGAACUUCCUUAUGACCUGCUUAUUGUGCAUUUAUCCUGAUUUGUUUGCAGGAAGAUUAGAUGAUGUUGGCUAUUUAAAGCAUUCACCUGAUUUGUUUGUGGGAAGAUUAGAAGCCAUUGCAUCAGAGCAAGUGUUCUGCGUCUUCCAGUUCAGGUCCCCAUCAUUUCCCUUAUUGCAAAAAGUUUCAUCUUUUGGUUACAUGAAACUUCCCAGUCCACUAUAAUUGUUCAGCCUGAAUUUGCCAGUACGUGAUUGAAUCCCACCAGGAAAUAGAGACAGUGAAUGAGCACCUUGAAUGGUGCUCAUAAUCUCACCCUUUAUUAGCAUUUCAAUACUUUUGCCACUAGGAGUCAGAAUUUCCCGGUUCACUCUGACCUGCAUUGCACAACUGGAAAGCAAUUGCUUCCUUGCAGCUGCACUUGUGUAUCCUCUGCAGUUGCAGAUAUUAGGACAAAUGCAACAAGCAUAUGAGUAGCUUCUGCCAUAUCAGUGCAGCCCAAUCAUUCCUGAAAUACUAAUAUAUUUACGACUUGCUUCCAUAGCUCGCCAGACGUGGAUUAAAUAUUGUUUUGAUUAGCAGAACACUAACAAAAAUGCAGAAGGUAGCCUCUGAAAUUGGUAAGUAUCUAAUAUGUGAAAAAGUUAUCACUUGAUAUCUUUAUGCCUUAGGUUGUACAGUGGUACCUCGGGUUAAGUACUUAAUUCGUUCUGGAGGUCUGUUCUUAACCUGAAACUGUUCUUAACCUGAAGUGCCACUUUAGCUAAUAGGGCCUCCUGCUGCCGCUGCGCUGCCGCUGCACGAUUUCUGUUCUCAUCCUGAAGCAAAGUUCUUAACCCGAGAUACUAUUUCUGGGUUAGCGGAGUCUGUAACCUGAAGCAUAUGCAACCCGAGGUACCACUGUAAUCCGAAGCAUACUUGCUAAGUGUGCAGGAGGAAGUACCUUUGAAUUCAGUGGGACAUUUUGCUGUAUAAACAGGCUUAGAAGUGCCCUGUAAAAUUCAUUUUAUUAAUCAACUAGGAAUUAUUUAAUUAGGCGAUAGCCUGACUAGAAAAAAAACUUUACUGCAUGGAGUGUGGGGCAUCCCAGAUUCUCCUUUGCCAGGAAAGUGUAUGUUGUAUCUAACAGCCCAACCCCACAACCCAUUUUGCUGGCAAAUAAAAGUUGAUCCACACUUGACAGAGCAUUUGAAGUUGUGAGUGGGCUGUACAUAUGUAGAAUUAAAUUUAAGAGCUCUUGUACUGGUGCAAUAGUUGCAGCCACUGCUUUGGUGUAAGGCAGGAUCCAGCACUCAGGUUUCCAAACUGUGACCUUGUUUCAUUAAAGUGUUUCACAGAAAAACACAGUCAGUAAUAUUUCUACUCCAUUCUGCACUUGACUUGUUUGUUUGUUUAUGAUGAUGGAGAUAAAGGGGUAGUUUUGUCUGUCAAGGCUGUCCGUGAGGCUGUCAAGACUAUGGCCUAAAUCUUGUGAUUUCCAUAAUACAGUUUUGCUACAGUCUACUAAUUUUCCCCUUAAAAAUCACCAGUUAAAGAAUCCCUUGUCAAUAUCCUGGCCUAGGGCCUGUGAUUUUCAUAAUACAGCACUACUGUAGUUUUGAUGCUUCUGCUAGUGCUUAAGGGAAAGCGUUGCUAAAACAUGACUUAUGUAUGUGUUUUGCUUUAUAGAAAGCUGAGACCCCCAACAAUAUUCAAGAGGUCUUGGGAGGAGGAGACACCUUUGAGAACCAUUGAACUAGCAUACAGUGGUGCCUCGCAAGACGAAAUUAAUCCGUUCCACGAGAGUCUUCGUCUAGCGGUUUUUUUGUCUUGCGAAGCAAGCCCAUUGACGGAUUAGCGCUAUUAGCGCUAUUAGCGGUUUAGCGGCUAUUAAAGGCUUAAAGGCUUAGGGGAUUAGCUGCUAAAAGGCUAUUAAAGGCUAUUAAAGGCUUAGCAGAUUAGAUAAAGGGGGGGGGAAAGCGAAAAAAAAUCUCAAGACUCGCAAGAUAUUUUCGUCUUGCGAAGCAAGCCCAUAGGGGAAUUCGUCCUGCGAAGCAACUUCAAAACGGAAAACCCUUUCGUCUAGCGGUUUUUCCGUCUUGCGAGGCAUUCGUCUUGCGGGGCACCACUGUAUUGCCUAAAUGCAUUGCUGUCUUAGCAGUAGCCAAGGACAUUCUUAAAGAGCACAAAAAUGACUCUCUUUCUCUCCCCCCAAAUGCAGAGCAGUCCACAGGGAGAAAAGUGAAAAUUAUACAAGCUGACUUUACCAGAAGGAACGUGUACAAUGACAUUGAAGAUGGUCUUCAAGGAUUAGAAAUUGGAAUUUUGGGUAAAGUUUCCAAUAGCGCUUUUCAAGAGUUCCUUUUGGGUUGCAGUGAGGCAGUGUGGUGUAGUGGUUAGAUCAGGCAUAGGCAACCUCCGGCCCUCCAGAUGUUUGAGACUACAAUUCCCAUCAUCCUUAGCUAACAGGACCAGUGGUCAGGGAUGAUGGGAAUUGUAGUCCCAAACAUCUGGAGGGCCGGAGGUUGCCUAUGCCUCGGUUAGAUUGUCGGACUAGGAUCUGGGAAACUAGGGUUCCUAAUCCCCACUCAGCCAUCUUGAAGCUCACUGGGUGACCUCGGGUCAGUCACCGCCUCUCAGCCUAACCUUCCUCACAUGGUUAUUGUGAGGAUAAAAUGGAAAGGGAGGAACACCAGGAACACAUUGAGCUCCUUUGGAAGGGGAGGAAGGUGGGAUAAAGGCAACAAAUAAGUAAAUAAAACAAAACUCGUCUCUCAUAGUUAUUGAAAUUAUAUAGUGUCAAACCGGUCCUCCUCAGACCUACAAGUGGCUGAUCUGGGGUCAAUUUUGUAUUAUGUUUAAAAGGCCUAUUAUCUUCUGAAUGAGUUCAACAGAUGCUAUGCCUUCACAGUAGCUCAGUUUAAGGCAACUUUUACUAAUGGUGCCUUCCAGAUGUUUUGGACUACAACUCCUAGCAGUCCCAGGUAGAUGUAGUCCAAAACACAGCACCACCACUGAGCCUCUUGGGCUUGCCGAUUGGAAGGUCGGCGGUUCAAAUCCGCACGGCGGGGUGAGCUCCCAUUGCUCCGUCCCAGCUCCUGCCAACCUAGCAGUUCAAAAGCACGCCAAAAAGUGCAAGUAGAUAAAUAGGAACCACUCCAGCGGGAAGGUAAACAACGCUUCCAUGCGUUCUGGCUUCCAUCAUGGUGUCCCAUUGCACCAGAAGCAGUUUAGUCAUGCUGGCCACAUGACCCAGAAAGCUGUCUGUGGACAAACACCAGCUCCCUUGGCCUGAAAAGCAAGAUGAGUGCUACAACCCCAUAGUCGCCUUUGCCUAGACUUAACCGUCCAGGGGUCCUUUAGUCCAAAACAUCUGGAAGGCACCAGGUUAAACCAGCAGCAACUGGUCUAAGUAGUUGUGCCAACUAGUUGUGUGACUCACUGUGUUUCUGUUUAUUAGUUAACAACGUUGGAAUGCUUUCUAGCCCCUCUCCAACCCGUUUUCUUAAUGGACCAGAGAAUGACGGGGUAAGGAUUAUUCUAUGUUUGUGCUCUUGAAAGCAACUGCUCAGAAGGCCCACACUUUCCUUUCAUAUGGAACAGAGAAAUUAGUUUAUUUAUUUAUUAUUGUCUUUGUCCAUGGAGUUUUCUUGGCAGGGAUACUGGAGUGGCUUGCCGGUUCCUGCUCCAGGUGGAUCACGUUUGGUCAAAACUCUCCACUAUGACCUGUCCAUCUUGGGUGGCCCUGCAUGGCAUAGCUCAUAGUUUCUCUGAGUUAUUCAAGCCCCUUCGCCAUGGCAAGGCAGUGAUCCAUGAGGGUAGUGAUGGUAGGCAAGGGUAGUGAGGUAUGGAAGUGAGAGCUGGACCAUAAAGAAGGCUGAUCACCGAAGAAUUUAUGCUUUUGAAUUGUGGUGCUGGAGGAGACUCUUGAGAGUCCCAUGGACUGCAAGAAGAUCAAACCUAUCCAUUCUUAAGGAAAUCAGACCUGAGUGCUCACUGGAAGGACAGAUCCUGAAGCUGAGGCUCCAAUACUUUGGCCACCUCAUGAGAAGAGAAGACUCCCUGGAAAAGACCCUGAUGUUGGGAAAGAUGGAGGGCACAAGGAGAAGGGGACGACAGAGGACGAGAUGGUUGGACAGUGUUCUCGAAGCUACGGACAUGAGUUUGACCAAACUCUGGGAGGCAGUGGAAGACAGGAGUGCCUGGCUUGCUCUGGUCCAGGGGGUCACGAAGAGUCGGACACGACUAAAUGACUAAACAACAACAUUUAUUGUUCACUGAAUUAAUUUCGAUCAAGUUACAUUCAAUCUGAACAGAGCAAGUGUAGCCAGUAUCGCAAGUUCCUCCAGGUGUUCUUAGAUGCAAAUUUCCAUCAGCCCCAGCCUGAAUAGCCAAUGAACAGGGAUGAUGGGAAUUGUGGUCCAGCAACAUUUGAAGGGCACCACAUGGACUCCCCCCUAGAAUAAGACAUUUCCACAGAGUUAUUGGACCAGCUAUUUUUAGCCAAAGUCCUUAAACCCUUUAUUUCCCUGAAGACCAUAGUGCAGAAAUGAUAAAGUCUCUGCAGAAUCCAUAGGAAAAAACCCUGCAAGCAUAAGGGAAGGCAAUGGGGAAAUGCAGUAGAAUUAAUCUAUAAUGCCCAACUUUAUGAUGGCCUGAGCAUAACAGAGAAAGAAAAAUUGAGGCUGCCAUCCUAUGCACACCUACGGGGAGUAAGUCUCAAUGAAAACUAUGGGACUUGCUUCUGAACAAACAUGAAUAGGGCUAUAUUAUAAAUCUCACUGGUCCCAGCGAGUAGCUGUUUUGAUCUAGCAGACAGUGUCCUGCCUUAUAUUUACUAGCCAGAUUUAUAUCUUUUCUGCUUAGAUUACAGUACCUUUAGCGAGGGGAGGGUGCGGUGGCCCAUGCAGUUUUGCAUGCAGUAAAACACGGAGAGUUGAGCUGCCUCCUGUUUCAGCCGUGCCUGUGCGACCUGAUUAUUCCUUCACUUUAAACCAGAUGUGUACUGGUCAACGCUCAAAGUGGGACACAUGGCCACCCUAAUCAGGGGCGGACGAAGGGGGUGCAGUAGGGGCGGGCCACCCCGGGUGUCACCGCUGAGGGGGGUGACAAAAUGACGGGCGGCACUCACCGCAGGGCCUGCAGGAUGCCUGAACCACGCAGCUCUCCUGGGAGUGACGUGGUGGCUUGGGCGCCCGCAGGCACCGCGCUGCCCAAACGGUCCACUCGCCGCCUCCCCCUCAGCUGUAGGGCGGCUGAGUGGGAGAAGGCAGACAGACUCUGGAGGCCCCAUGGGACGUCCUGCCCCAGCUCACCCCACCCCACAGGUGGCUGCCCCUGCCCAGGGCGCAGGGCAUGCGUGCCGUCCCAGGCACCCAAUUUAAAGAGUUUGGAUUUGAUAUCCCACUUUAUCACUACCCUAAGGAGUCUCAAAGCAGCUAACAAUCUCCUUUCCCUUCCUCCCCCACAACAAACACUCUGUGAGGUGAGUGGAGCUGAGAGACUUCAGAGAAGUGUGACUGGCCCAAGGUCACCCAGCAGCUGCAUGUGGAGGAGCAGGGAAUCGAACCCGGUUCACCAGAUUAUGAAUCUACCGCUCUUAACCACUACACCACAAUUGGCUUGCUCCGCUGCUGACCCUAAUCACUGGGGAAUAAAUCAAGUGCAUCUUCACUGUGCAUCUAACAACAACAACAACAAUUUAUUAUUUAUACCCUGCCCAUCAGGCUGGGUUUCCCCAGCCACUCUGGGCAGCUGAUGUUGCACUGUGCAACAACCAUCCCGUUCUUGUAGUACAUAGCUCAAAAGAUGGUUCUGCAGAUGGAAAAAUGGCCCACAACAUCUUGAUAUCCAAGGUAGAAAAUACACACACACACACACACCCCAUGCACAGAGAGAGUAUUGGGGUUUUUUUUUAUAAAUAAGUUAUAUCUGACACUUUGUGGACCAUUUAAUGGUCUCCCAAAGCCUGUUAUUUGAGGCAGGGCACCUCAUCCCUAUUGGUGGGGUGGCCCCAUACAAACAAAUUCAUUAUUUUCCUACCACAUUAUAUUAAAAGGCAUGUUUGGGCACAGACAACCUUUAUUCAUCCUUAAAUGUUUCCUUUUUUUCCUGUGGCCCGCCAGAUGUUGUUGAACUUCAACCCCUGUCCUGCCCCAGCCAGAUGGCCAAUGGUAGGAGAAUACGGGAGAUGAAAUUCAACAACGCUUGCAGUGCCAAAUGCUCUCCAUUCCCGUUUAAGACAUUAUGUGCAAUUGAACUUUCUGGAACUCUUUCUCUCCACCAGAUCAGUCAGCCUCUCAUGUAAUCCAUUUUUUAUUCCCUAUAGGACCUCAUCAACUGCAACAUCUUCUCUGUCACCAAGGUAUGUACCACACAAUAGAUAUGCAUGUGUGGAAAAUAAAGAUAUUUUUUUGGGGGGGGGGAGAUUUCACAGACAUCUCGGCUGUGGUCAAAGAUGUUUUCCUCACACAAUGUGGAUAGCUGGUGAUAGCUAUGUUUCUUAUUCACUGAGAAGAUCCUGGAGGAGUUUUUGAGGACCAAACUGAAUUGUGGUUGCUGUGGGCUGCUUCACACUUUAUGGAGACAUGUUGCAGGUUGUGUGCUUGCCAGAACAAAAGUGCAACAUUUGAACGGAAUGCUUGUCAUUCUUAGAAAGCCUUGUCUGAGCCAAGAAGAUGAAGGAACAUUCCGUUCAGUUCACAGUUUAAUGCGAACCUACCUGAUUUCCACUUCCCAAAUGAUACAUGAACCGAAAUGCAGCUAUGAUUUGAAAAUGGCACUUCUCCAAAUUUUGCGAUGCAGUUCUCUAACCCAAAAAUGUGCUAAAAUGUGUUUAACGCGGGAAAAGUUAAUAAAAAGGCACAGAUUAGCAAAUAUAACACAAAAAAUAUAUAUAUUAGGGAAAUUGCUUACAAAUUACACCCCAAAUAUAUUCAUUUUUGUACGCAGUUUUUUGGUUGGGGAACUGGAUCACAAAAUUCAGAGAAGCCUGCAUUCCAAAGGAUAGCUGUGUUUUGGCUCAAGUAUUGUUUUAGGAAGUGUGAAUUAGGUGGAUUUGCAUGAAAUGUUGAGCUGUGUAGUUUGGUAUAUAGCACAUUCCAGAUGGUCUACUCUGUGUUAAUGCUCUGGCUCGUAUAAAUUAUUAUAUUUUGUUGCAAGCAACCCAGAGUGGUUGGGUAUAAAUAAAUUGUUGUUGUUGUUGUUGUUGUUGUUCAUGCAUAUAUAUAUAUUUUUAGAUGACACGGAUGAUUUUGAAACAGAUGGUGUCAAGGUAAACCUCUUUCUUAUGUUCAAGAAUUUUAAAAACAAACAAACAAACAGGAAAAAAAACAAGAAGAAGCUUUCAAACUGGAAUGAACUUUGGUUUAACUUCCAGAAUCCAGUUGUGUUACUUGGUGCAACCAGUGGCAUGCCUCCCUGGAGAACAUCAAGAGCACUGUGGACAAACAUAGGCUUUCUUGGCCUGAAAGCGAGAUGAGCACCACAACCCCAUAGUCGCCUUUGACUGGACUUAACCAUUCAGGGGUCCUUUACCAUUACCUUUUAUUGGAAGCCCUUGGUAUUUUUUACAUUAGGUUACAAAACGAAAGAGUGUUUACAUUGCAAGUUUUAUGUCAUGUUGUUUUUCAGACAAAAGGGACUGAUUCUGAACGUCUCUUCUGCCGUAGGCACCUUCGUCUGUCCGUUAUAUGCAGUCUAUUCUGCUUCUAAGGUGAGAAUUCUGCGCUUGUUUUAGACACAAGGAGAAGGGGAUCACAGAGGACAAGAUGGUUGGAUAGUGUUCUCAAAGCUACCAGCAUGAAUUUGACCAAAUUGCGGGAGGCAGUGGAAGACAGAAGUGCCUGGCGUGCUCUGGUCCAUGGGGUCACGAAGAGUCGGACAUGACUAAACGACUAAACAACAACAACAGCAAUGGGUCACCUGAGGCAGCUCAGAACAAUGGGAUGUAGAGACAGUACAAGCAGCACAUUAGAAGAAGCUAAGCGAGGAAUAAACACCCGAACACUGCAUUGAUCCGAAUUUGGCAGUGCAGCUUUCCAUCUAACUAAUGUUUACAGAAAUGCACAUAUUAGGUAAAAGUGUGCAUAUAAAGGAAUAUAUUCAUUUAAAAACUACAAAAUCGUGCUAUAUGAGGAAGCAUGACUUGCAAAACUUGUGUUUAUUAGGAGAAAGUCACACUAAAAUGCUGAUGAAUUUUCAUGAGGAUUUUUUUUAAAAAAAAGAAAAUUCACAAAUUUGCUGUAGAAAUGGAUCCAGCAAACUGGAUUUAAGAUUGGAAAAAUUAGAAACUGGGAUAUCCAAAAUUAACAAAUCCUUCUAUCUCUAGUGAUAAGAAAGAUAAAUCAGAGUGUUUGGGGGGUGGGGAUGGGAUUCUUGAUGUUUUGGCAAUUAAUUAAAGUGCAAAACACUAACAUGUAUUUAAUUUUGUCUGUCUAGGCUUUUGUAUGUAUGUUUUCCAAAGCUCUUCAAGCAGAAUAUAAAGGAAAGGGAAUUAUCAUACAGGUGAUUUAUAUCUCUCUGCUUUUACAAUAAAUCUAAAUCUAAAUCGUCUGCAUAGAUGAGAUACCGGGAGACCUUGGAUGUUUUUGCCAUUUUCUAUUCUUUCUUUUUAAUUAUGUGAAACAUGUCCAUUUCUCUCCUUUAGUCCAUCCUAGGAGAUGCGCUUUUUCCACUAAUUGUCAUUUAACCCUCCUAUAAUCUCCAAAGCAUUCAAGAUUGUGAAAAGGUUGCUGCUGCUGCUGUGUUUGUUUCUUGGUUUAGGCUUUGACUCCUUUGGGUGUCUCUACUCAAAUGACCAACUGGGUAGAGACCAAUCUCUUCAUGAAGUCAGCAGAAGACUUUGCUCGACAAUCGUUGGAGUGUGUCACAUUUGGGGACGAGACAUGUGGAUCCUUAUCUCAUGAAUUCUUGGUAAUUGAACUGCAAACUUUAAUCAGAUGAAGGAGAUGGCUAGGAUUCCCCAUCAUCAACAUCUAGGGGCUACUGGUGGCUUUUGAAGACUAUUCUUCAAUAACAUUAUUUCUUGCCCAAUCCGAUCCAUGCCCAUUCCAAAGUCAGUCCCACUGUUUCCAGUGGGACUCAUCCCCCAAUGAAAAUUAGGAUUGCAACCUUGGGUGCAAUCCUAAAUGGGUAAGGGGGCUAGGGAGUGAAAUGGUGGACAAUCUGCCACAUCCCAACCCCUUGCCAGCUUGUGGACUGAGCAAGCAGACGCAAGGUGCAUUGCACGAUAAGUAGGCAAUGUCCUAUAAUUUCAGCGCAAGUUUUUGUGCGAGCGUCUCUGCAUGGAUGCUUAAUAGACAAUUGGCCUGGAAGCUCCCAUUGUCAUUGCACCUUUCUUACUCCCACCCUAAAAAAGGCAGAUGAUAAUAAUAAUAAUAAUAAUAAUAAUAAUAAUAAUAAUAGUUUGUUUGUUUAUACAUACCCCGCCUAUCUGGCUGGGUUUCCCCAGCCACUCUGGGCAGCUCCCAACAGAAUAUUAAAAAACAUGAUAAAACAUCAAACAUUAAAAACCUCCCCAAACAGGGCUGCCUUCAGAUGUCUUCUAAAAGUCAGAUAGUUGUUUAUCUCCUUGACAUCUGAUGGGAGGGCGUUCCACAGGGCAGGCGCCACCACCGAGAAGGCCGUCAUCUGAGCAGUAGCGUUUACCAUUCAACCACAAUGUGCUAUCCUGUAAAAAUCACACGCAAAAACGAUCAGCCUGAAUCUUAUGAAACCUAACCAUAUGCAUGAGAUAUUAAUGUGUCUCCCCAUUUUUAUAUAUACCUUCUAAAGGCAAAGAUCAUAAAGUGCAUUCCUGAAUGGAUCAUCCACAGUGACUGGUUACAAGAGACUAUGCUAGUUAGAUUUACAGAAAAAGAGAAGAAGAAUGGGAAGAGUACCUGA